CUGUCAUUCAGUUCACCAAAACAAAACGAUCUUCCGUUGCUCGUCAUCAAAAAGAGUUUAAUUUGUAUUUAUUUAAAUUUUAUGAUAAAGUUUAGACGAAGAAAUAAUUUUCUGGGCGAUGGCCUUCUCGUGCACUAUUUGUACCGAUAUUUUCGUGUCUUCGGACGAUAUUCACGUGACGCCUUGUGGCCAUGCAUUUCACUACGUUUGCAUUCUCCAGUGGCUUGAGCGGUCCAAGACAUGUCCUGAGUGCCGUAACAAAUGCAUAGCUAAAAGUUUAAUCAAGAUAUACCUGAAAAUCACUACCGUUGCGGAUAAUCCCGGCGACAAUGCGCUGCUGCAGCAGAACUUUGAUAAUCUAAAACUUACAUUACGCGAGAAGGAGGUUAAACUGAAAAACCUAGAAGAUGCACAAGAGGCCCACAAGCUGGAGCGGAAAAAGAUGAAAAAAUUAGUGGCUUCGCUGGAGAAUACGAUCAAGAGUCAAGAUACCCUUACGGUGGGCUUGCGAUUCGAGAUUGACCAACUUCGUACAGAAAACUCUCUAAAUAAGAAACUAAAGGAAGAAUUAAAGAAGCUAGAAAAUCAGGUCCGGCUCAUGAAGACCGUAGGGAUGGUGAUUGAUUCUUCUAGCAAGGAAAUUGAAGGGCUACUGGCCAGCAAUAACGAUCCCCAAACAUUGGCCGUGUUGGCCGCCUCGUUGAAGCGAGAACUGCAGGCCAGUGAAUUCAAAAGAAACGAGCUGCGGGAUCGACUCAAGAUGUACCAAAACGAUCUGCACAAAGAGCGCGCCAAAUGCAGAGCUCUGGAAGACAAACUAUCCACGGCGGAUAGUGAGAUGCAUAAACUUCAGCAAGAAGUAAAAGCUUUAUCGAGGAGAAAAGCUGACAUCGACGAGGACAAUUCCGAUGCGAGCGUUGUGCUCAACACUCCGGAACAGGAAGCGAAACGGAAGCGUCCGAUUGACGAUUCGGACAUGAACAAGUCCACCCCGAUGGCAGAAAAGGUACGAAGGAUUGUCGAAUCGGACUCACCUUAUCUUCCCAUUAAAUCGGCUGCUUUCGGCUUGCAUCCAGUCUUGUUCCGUAAGGGGCUAAGUGCGACUGCUUUGGAUAAGAAAAGCUCCGCGGGAACACUCACCAAAACCCGUAGUGAUCUAAGUGAUAAGUUUUCGAUAUUUACCAAACCACCAAGCUCCGGCUUUUUUCCCACUGAUAGUUUUGGUGGAUUACAAAAGAAAGAAAACCUUCCAAGUUCGAUAGUUCCGAUUGGUACUCGCCGGAUCGUAACAAUUAAACGAAACCCGACACAGACAGCCGCCUCCAGCUCAAACGUUUCAGAUGGUUAUUUGUCAAUUGAUCUGGAUAGCUGAUCGGUAUAGUAUGGCAGUAAAAAUAUUACGACAAACCACGAUUAGGUAAACAGUUAUUUAAAUGUUGUAAUCAGUGUUCAAACAGAGCUUACUCCGAAUAAAGGAGACAAAAGUUGAA